AUGUUCAAAUCAGUAAUUUUCGCUAUCUUUGUUAUUUUUGUUGCUUUAGCUUACGCUACUCCAAACUUCUCUGGAUCAUGGACAAGAUUCUCUCAUGAUUUCUCAGGUAAUUGUCAAACACUUGCUGUCGAGUUUAUCUCUGAGAACAACAGCACAUAUAGCAUUGUCGACUCCAAUGGAGCUACUCUUGCUGACAGUUUGCAAUUCGAAAGCGACGGUUCAUUCCUUGGAAAUGCUAUCACCGUUUUGAAGAACGGAAAGGUCGUCACCAGUGCAUGCAAGGGUGUUCUCUCUAACCCAUUCCAACUUCAAAUGAAUAUCUUACCAACUGUCUGGUUCAGUGGAUCCCAAUUCUACUUCAACCAAAUUAGCUUGGUGAUUUAUCCAUGUUGUAAUAUCAACUUAUUAGACAAUAUAUCUGUUAGUGUUAAUUAA